AUGGUGGGUCUGAAGCCCCCCGAGGUGCCCCCGACAGCCGCUGUGAAAUUUGUAAGCGCGGGGAUGGCCGCCUGCAUCGCCGAUCUCUGCACCUUCCCCCUGGACACCGCCAAAGUGCGGCUGCAGAUCCAGGGCGAAGUGCGGAUCCCCCGCAGCACCAGCACCGUGGAGUACCGGGGUGUUUUGGGGACGCUGAGCACCAUGGUGAGGACGGAGGGACCCCGCAGCCUCUAUAGCGGGCUGGUGGCCGGGCUGCAGCGGCAGAUGAGCUUCGCCUCCAUCCGCAUCGGGCUGUACGACUCGGUCAAGCAGCUCUACACCCCCAAGGGUGCCGAGAGCACAGGGCUGGCGGCACGGGUGCUGGCGGGCUGCACCACGGGGGCAGUGGCGGUGACGUGCGCCCAGCCCACCGACGUGGUCAAGGUACGGUUCCAGGCCAACGGGGCGCUGUCGGAUGGCGCCCGCCGGUACAGCGGCACCGUGGAUGCUUACCGCACCAUCGCCAGGGAGGAGGGCGUCCGCGGGCUCUGGAGAGGGACGCUGCCCAACAUCGCCCGCAACGCCAUCGUCAACUGCGGGGAGCUCGUCACAUACGACCUCAUUAAGGACGCGUUGCUGCGGGCGCAGCUGAUGACAGACAAUGUCCCCUGCCACUUCGUGGCCGCCUUCGGGGCCGGCUUCUGCGCCACGGUGGUGGCGUCGCCGGUGGACGUGGUGAAGACACGGUACAUGAACGCCGGACCCGGGCAGUACCGGAACGUGCUCAGCUGCCUCCUCGCUCUGCUCAUGCAGGACGGCCUCGCCGGCUUCUACAAGGGGUUCGUCCCCUCCUUCCUGCGGCUCGGCUCCUGGAACGUGGUGAUGUUCAUCUCCUACGAGCAGCUGCAGCGUGCUGCGGUGCUGGCCCGGCCGGCCCAAUCCUGACCCCCCUAC